CACAGGAUAGCGGUUACAGUAACCGGUAACUUGAAACAUGGAAACCUGGUAUCUAGACAGGUAUGCUUGUAUCCGGAAGGAGCCUGUUAAAAUAUAAAUACCGAGCGUGCAAAAACACUUUAUAAAUUGCAUUUACAAACGUUACAUUCAUUUAAAGGAACAUGUCUGAAAAAAGUAAAACUGUGAUCAGUAAGAGUGCAGAAAAGUAGCAAAAGGGGAAGGAAGUCAGGAAAGAAAAUAUUAGCAUAACAAUCUUCUCCCAAUCAGAGUCUAGCUUUUUUGGCCCAAUCAAGAUGAGACACUAUCCUUAUAAAUAAGGCUGCUUAGGCGUCUUGAAAAAAGCCAGUGAGAUAUCAUGGCCCGUACUAAGCAGACUGCCCGCAAGUCGACCGGGGGCAAGGCCCCGCGGAAGCAGCUGGCCACCAAGGCCGCCCGCAAGAGCGCGCCGGCCACGGGCGGCGUGAAGAAGCCGCACCGCUACCGGCCGGGCACCGUGGCCCUGCGGGAGAUCCGGCGCUACCAGAAGUCCACCGAGCUGCUGAUCCGCAAGCUGCCGUUCCAGCGGCUGGUGCGCGAGAUCGCGCAGGACUUCAAGACGGACCUGCGCUUCCAGAGCUCGGCCGUGAUGGCGCUGCAGGAGGCGAGCGAGGCCUACCUGGUGGGGCUGUUUGAAGACACGAACCUGUGCGCCAUCCACGCCAAGCGCGUGACCAUCAUGCCCAAAGACAUCCAGCUGGCCCGCCGCAUCCGCGGGGAGCGGGCUUAAGGCAUGCAUCUUUAAGUAGGCAAUCUAAAGGCUCUUUUCAGAGCCACCCACAUUUUCAUCAAGAGCAGCUGUACCAGUGUUUCAGCUGAUGUUGGUUUACCCGUCUUAGUCUUCAAGGGUUUAGGCCAGAGGGAUUAAGGGAGACAGGCGGUCGCACGUGGCGGCUAGUGAAGCCAUGAAACCAGAACGCGUGGUGCUUUGUCGACUGGCAGACGCUAGAGGGAGCAGUAAAGGCAUAGUCUAGGCAGUUCCUGCCAAGUCCGCCUUUUACUUUGCGCUCUGGCUUGUGGGCAUUUAAAGUCCAGAUCGCCAGUCUUCAAUAAUAAGGGGAAAACAUGCAAAAAGAUGGAAUCUACAUAAGCAGUCGUCUAUAACACGUUGCAAGAUGCUCCUACAAGGUGCACUCUGAAUAUAAAAGUUAACACUAUUUGAAAACAAACAUCCUGUGUGGUAACUGUUGGGAUGGGAAUCUGGGUCAGAUGAGAGGUGAAAUC